AUUGUGAAUUGUGCUUUUAGACCUAUACACCAUACAUAUUUAAUAUUUAUUUUUAUUAUACUUUAAGAGCAGUGCUUUAGUUUCAUUAUUUAAGAAUCACUGAUGUAUUAAAACUACAUUAUUACUAGCAAUAAUUUGCAUAUCAAAUAUUGCUUUACAAUAAUUGGGAACCACCAUAUUUAUGAAAAAUAUGCCGGUUGAGUUAAACAGCCUAACAGAAGGUUGGCUGGAAUUAGAAAGUGAUCCCGGCUUGUUUACUUUACUAUUGGAAGAUUUUGGAGUAAAAGGUGUCCAAGUAGAAGAAAUAUAUGAUUUGCAUAAGCCCUUUGAGAGUCCAGUAUAUGGCUUUAUUUUUUUAUUUCGAUGGAUAGAAGAAAGACGAUCUCGUCGUAAAUUUGUUGAACAAAUAGAAAGUUUUGUACGUGAUGAGGAAACUAUCAAUAAUAUAUUUUUUGCGCAGCAAAUGGUGCCUAACAGUUGCGCUACUCACGCACUUCUUUCCAUUUUAUUAAACUGCCCCAAUCUGCACUUAGGAGAAACACUCAGCAGGUUAAAGCAUCAUACUCUUGGCAUGAAUCCAGAAAACAAAGGAUGGGCAAUAGGAAAUACACCAGAGUUGGCUUGUGCGCACAAUUCUCAUGCAAUCCCACAAGCUCGUAAAAAGACUGAUAAAAAUGCUGGUGUUCCAACUGGACGAUUUACAGGUAAAACUAAAUAGUUAAAGAUAUGAAAAUAACUUGUUUUUAUAACAGAUGUGGUAUUAUUUAUUGAGAUUUAGAAAGAUAUUGAUAGUAAGUAUAAUAUAAUUUCAGUUAUGGCUAGUCAUCAUUUAGAAUACAGAAAAUGAUUAUUGGGACUGUUGGUUCAUAUGCUAAUAAUGUAUGUCAGUAGGGCAUUGUCACUUGAGUACCUUUCCUACUAUCAUUGGGCAUUAAUAAUGCAAUAAGAUGAUAUCUGGGCUGCAAGAAAUUGAAAAAAAAAGGUUUUUUAACAAUCUAUUGCUUUUGGGACUUUACUAUUGCUUAAUACCUACAAAAAUUAAUGAAAUUAUAAUCCUGUAUUCCCCUGCAUCUUCUUCCAAAACUUUAACCAAUUCAAUAAUUUUUUUUCGACAAAAACAUAAGAAGGAAUUUAGCUACUGAACCAGUUUUGAUUUAUUUUCAAGAACAUUUUAAGAAGAAUUGUGGUUAUGUCUGUAUGAUUUUCUUUUAAUAUUUAAGUUUGUUAAAUUUGAUUGUUGGAGUAUAACUGGGCUGUUGUACAGUAAUUUUAGAACAUUCUCAGUUUUUAAAAUAAUCAAUUUAUGAAAAAGAAAAACACCCUCGGGUGCUCGCACCCUAUCCUAUAGGAUAGGGUGACAAACGAGCACACAGUCUCAAAAAGAUGCAAUCUAUACUAACAAUUUCCAUGUCCUUGUUUUUCAUUUUUCAUUUCAUUUCCAGCACAUACUUGUUCAUUACUAUGAAAAAAGAGAUGAAAAUAAAAUACAAUUUAUAUGCAAUAAUUUUUUUUUAAAUUGAAAUUGUAUUGUUAGUUCUUUUACAAAAAAAUAAUUUAAAAGAACUAUGUUCCAACAAAAUAUCAAUAAUAAAUAAUAAUCACAAUAAAAUAAACAAACGUGAAAAAAACCGCACGCUAUUUGUGCCAACCCUUUGCGGUGAAACUUACUUUGCUUUCUGGAAACGAUUGUUUCCAGAGCAAUAUUUCGUGAUAACGUAAGUACUUGUCGCCAAUAUUCAUCACAUCGUUCACAUCUUAAAGAUGUUAUAAGACCAUUCUACCUUUUAGGAUUAAAAUUAUGUGUAUCUUUAUUAUUUCACAAAUAGUUUCCUGCAGUUUUAAGUAAUUAAAAUAAAUUACCACUUUAAAAUACGUAAACAUACAACGUCAACGAAAACGCGAUGAAGAGGAAGCGUUAUGAAUAAAAUAUUGAAAUACGAGGGGGGAUUGAAAAGUACUCGGCCUAACCAAGAAAAUAAACACAUACUAAAUCAGUUAUAUUUUUAUUUUUCUACAUAAUCACCAUCAAGUUCAAUACACUUUUGCCACCUCCCCUUCCAAGCAUUUAGACCGUUGAAAAAAAAUGAUUCUUCCUUAGAGUCAAAAUAUGCGUCUACAGCUGCUUUGACCUCGUCGUUUGUCGAAAAUCUUUGACCUCCCAAGUGCUUUUUUAGGUUAGGGAACAGAAAGAAGUCUGAUGGUGCCAGAUCAGGUGAAUACGGCGGAUUCGGUAACAGUUCAAAGCCACAGUUUUCAGAAUUUCAGCCAUUGACUGUACUGACGUGUGAACACGGGCGUUAUCUUGAUGAAACAGGACUUUUCUUCUGAGCAUUCCUCGACGUUUUUCUUUUAUUUCCUCUCGUAAAUGACGUAGUAAGGUGCAGUAGUAAUCAGAGUUUAUAUUCUGACCCCUUUCAAGAUAAUCAAUCAUAAUCACACCUUUCGAGUCCCAGAAUACUGAAGCCAUCACCUUAUUUGCCGACAAAAUCGACUUAGCCUUUUUAGGGGGUGGUGAACCAGGUCUUCUCCACUGUUUUGAUUGUUGUUUUGUUUCCGGUGUACAGUAAUGAACCCAUGUUUCGUCCAUAGUAACAAAACGAUUCAAAAAAUCAUCUGCAUCGGCUUCAAAUAACUCCAAACAGUCGCGUGAAAUAGUCAAUCACGUCCUUUUUUGUUCAACUGAAAGCAGUCGCGGAACCCACCUCGCAGACACCUUGUGGAAACCCAACUCGUUGACAAUGAUGUUUUGAGUUCGUUCAUAAGAGAUGCCUAUAAUCUCGGCUAUUUCUCUAAUUUUUAAUCUGCGGUCUCCCAUUAUUAAAUCAAGUACUUUUUUAAUAUUUUCGUCAGUAGUUGACGUCGAAGGCCUUCCAGAGCGGGGUUCAUCUUUCACACUCUCUCUACCACGCUUAAAUUCUGCUAUCCAUUUUUUGACGGAUGAAUAUGACAGAGCACAAUCGCCUAAUGUACUGACCAUGUCAUCAUGGAUGGCUUUUGAUGAUAGCCCCUUCUUAUGGAGGUACUUAAUGACGGCACGCUGCUCGAUUUGCUUCAUUCGCGGAAAUUAUGUCCGAUUACUUUGUUAAUAAAUUUAUAAAAUCACAACUAAUUAUCGCACACGUUUCGAACUUCACACAAUGAACUAGUCUGAACUGAACUAAAUAAUGUGGAUAGAUUUGAUUUUUAGAAUUGAAUGGAUCUGUGUUAGGCCGAGUACUUUUCAAUCCACCCUCGUAUUGUAGAACAGGAUUUUUAGAUUAAUUUGGUACCUUAACCUUAGUAAAAACCAAUAAAUUUGAAUACUUACGGCAUUUUUUCGUGACAAACAAUGACGCUGAGCACAAAUAAUCAUAAAAUGCAACUUCAAACUUUCCUUCAUAAUUAAACAAAACAAUUUGUUGUAUGAUAUUGUAAUCUUGCGCCCAGAUGUUAAAUAAUGGAAUUCAUUAUUAACUGCCAGCUCAUGCGGUACCUUGAGGAUCACCAGCUGAUUAGUGACCGCCAAUACGGUUUUCGUCGAGGUCGAUCAGCUGGUGAUCUUCUGGUCUACCUGACCCGUAGAUGGGCGGAGGUAGUACAGUCCAAGGGGGAGGCGUUGGCCGUUAUUUUGGACAUUGCGAAGGCCUUUGAUCGGGUUUGGCACAAAGUGCUUCUUUCGAAGCUCCCUUCCUAUGGGCUUCCCGAGAAAUUGUGCAAUUGGAUCACCAGCUUCCUUGCAGAUCAGUGCAUCAAGGUCGUUGUAGACGGUGCAUGCUCCGACUACAAGCCUAUUAACGCUGGCGUUCCACAAGGCUGUGUGCUAUCACCAACGCUGUUUCUUCUGCAUAUCAAUGAUAUGUUGCUAACUGGUAACAUUCAUUGCUAUGCGGAUGACAGCACUGGUGAUGCUCUAUACACCGGCCGUGCCAAUAUUUCUCGGGAAAACGUCGCCGAGUACCGGAACAAACUUGUGUCUGAAAUCGAGUCUUUCUUGAACAAAGUCUCGGAUUGAGGGCAACUAAAUCUAGUCCAGUUUAAUCCUCAGAAGACACAAGUUUGCGCGUUUACCGCUAAAAAGAACCCCUUUGUAGUAUCUCUUCAGUUUCAAGGCACUCCCCUUCUUGCCUCAGCCAGUAUCGGAAUCCUCGGAGUCGACAUAUGGAGUGACGUGCAGUUUCGUGGUCACUUGGAAGAGAAGGCCAAAUUGGCCUCUAAAAAGCUUGGCGUGCUCAGCAGAGCGGGACAGUAUUUCAUGCCGGCACACCGCCUGCAACUUUUCAAGGAGCAGAUUCGGACUCACAAUGAAUACUGUUCCCAUCUCUGGGCAGGGGCUCCCCGGUGCCAGCUCCUUUCACUUGACUGCAUCCAGCGCGGCUCGAAUCGUCGACGACCGAGUCCUUUCCGAUCGGCUCGAUUCAUUGGCACUGCGAAGAGAUGUUGCUUCCCUUUCCAUUUUCUUUCGCAUCUACCACGGGGAGUGUUCUGAGGAAUUGUUCGGAUUAAUCCCAGCCGCCAAAUUUCACGAACGCACAUCUCGACAGAACUCCCGAUACCAUCCACACUAUCUGAAUGAUUGACGGUCCACCACUGUGUGAUUUAGAAGAUGUUUUCUUCUUCGCACGACUUCCUUGUGGAAUCGAUUACCAUCAGCGAUUUUUCCGGACCGAUACAACUUAGGGACCUUCAAGAAAAGAGCCUACUCCUUUUUAAAAGGCAGGCAACGCAUCUGCAAUUCCCUCUCUGGUGUUGCAGUUGGUCAUGGGCGGCGGUAAUCACUUACCAUCAGGUGAGCCGCAUGCUCGUUUGCCCCCUCUCCUAUAAAAAAAGAUAAUCUAUUAGACAAAUAGAAAAAAAAGGUUUACAAACGUUUUGAAAGGACUAUACAGUCCUUAAAAUAGAGUUAAACAUCGUUUUAUAAAAAAUAUUUUUUGGAAACAAUUGUUGCCAAGAGCAAAGUUCGAGUUUUCGUUUUGGAAACAAUAGAUGCCAGAAGCAAGCGAGUGGUUAUUGUACCACUUUAAAUGGAAUGCCAACAUUUACUUGGUAUAGAAAUAGAAUGCUUAUACUAUUAGUUCACCUAUUGUAUCUGGUCAAUGAAGUAUAGAU